GAGGCCUUUCAAAACAGGCAUCGAAACAAAUUCGAAAUCCCAACGUAGUCGGGACAAAAGGCUGAGAAGGAGCUCCGAGACGUGGCACUGAAGCACAAGAAGCGAGACAAGGACAGAGACUCUGGUUGAAAGUCGGAUGCAAUCGAAAAUGACUGGCCAUGGAGCUGGCAGCUCCAAGCGGGCAGGAACCUCCCGAGUCCAGCCGCACGUGCAGCUAAAUCCGGAGGUGCAAGUGCUGGCCAAUCUCGGCGAGGAGCACAUGUCGGUGAGCAAUAGCAGCUGCAGCACCAGCAGCAGCAGCAAUUUCGGGGAAGCGGACAGCGAUGGCGAGGCCGAAGUCGAUAGCCACUCGGAACCGGAGGCCGGAUCAACCAUGGGAGCCGCCGCCGGCGGCAGGCACAUGUACAGCCCGCUGGACGGGGGCUCGGACUCGGACUCGGAACUCGAACUGGACGACGCCGAGCUGUUUUGCGAGGAGGCCCUCGCCCUGUUGGCCCACGAGAUUGUCUGCUGCGACUGCGACAGCGACGUUGAGUCGGAGGAGGACGGCGAGGAGGAGUCCGAGUCGGAGAUAGAGUCCGCUGAUGGAGACAAUCUGUCUCACAGUACCUACCAGCUGAUGUUCAGCGAGGAGGACGAGGAGGAGGAUGAAUCAGUGGGCAAUGGAAAGAAGGAUGAGUGUCCGUUUGUGGUCGAGUCGGUUCUUUUGCUGGAAGAGGAUCAGGAGAGCGAGGAGAAGUCCGAUCCCACUUCAGGGGAUAGUCUAGGGAAUGCUCAAUAAAGUUUUCAAGGAUCACGUCAACGAUCAA